AUGCUGGACUCCAGUGACUGCUCCUUGUCUCUGGACAAUCUGUUUUUUGAGAAACCCAUUGUCCACAAAGUAAAGCCACUGCACCAGGAGGCCAAUCCAUGGAAGCUGGAAGUGCCUCCAUGUCUUUCUCAGAUUCCAGCUAGUCAGGAUUUGCAGGAGGAGGCAGAGUCACUCUCUACCCUAUACAGUUUCUCACAGAAACCCAAGAAGUUUCUUCCUCCUUUUAAAGUAUCAGAUGGCCUUAAAUUAUUAUCAGAAAUCAACAGUUCUUGCAGUUUUAGCAAUGAUAAGAAAGAGAUUGAGGAGACGCAGUGUGGCAGUAACAGUAACGGCAUCAGCAGAUGUGAUGGCCUCUGGGGAGGUGAAGAGUUCAGGGAUUACUCUCAGGGUGCCUGUCAGAGUGGCAGAGGUGGAGAUGAAACCCUGCAGGACUCUGGUCAUGCGGCCAUCAGCACGAGGUGUUUGUCUCUGAACUGCAGCAAAAGCCCACCGCUACGGAGAAGCUUGUUCAAGGUUCAGGUGUUGAACAGCGGAGGUGACUCGUCAAACACGGAUGACCUCAGUAUCAGCGGCAGCAGCAGCAGCCAGAAAGCAUCCAGACCUCAAACUUUUCUCAGUCAGGUUACCAUGGCGACAGUGCCUCCUCCUCUUCAGCCGCCACGGGCGACAGUUAGCCAGGCAGCUCCUCCUUUCCCCCCAAAGCCCCCCUUCUCACCCCCUCCUCUGAGCUCAUCUGCAGCGAGUGGCCGACCCCCGCAGCAGGCAACAUAUGCAGAGAUGCCGGACAAGGGCACAAAGAGAGCCUUCGUUCCGCCCAUGACGCCUCAGCCGCUCUGCAUACAAGGUUCAUCUGGGUCAGAAGUUUUGCGACCUGUUUCUGAAAUCCCGUCUAGGUUCAGAUCCGUCUUCAAUGAGUUCCCGUUUUUCAACUACGUUCAGUCCAAAGCACUAGAUGACGUUCUUUACACAGGUAAGAAUUUUGUAGCCUGUGCUCCAACUGGAUCUGGUAAAACAGUGCUGUUUGAGCUGGCCAUCAUUCGCCUUCUAAUGGAAACGUCCGAGCCCUGGAGAGACGUCAAAGCUGUCUAUAUGGCUCCUAUCAAAGCGCUGUGUAGUCAGUGCUUUGAGAACUGGAAGAAGAAGUUUGGUCCUCUGGGGCUGAGCUGUAAGGAGCUAACGGGUGACACAGAGAUCGAUGACUUCUUUGAGAUUCAGGACUCCCACAUCAUCCUGACCACGCCUGAAAAAUGGGACAGCAUGACAAGGAAAUGGAAGGAUAACAGUCUUCUACAGCUAGUCAGGCUUUUCCUUAUUGACGAGGUGCAUGUGGUGAAAGAUGCAACCCGCGGUGCCACCUUGGAGGUGGUUGUGAGCAGGAUGAAGGCAGUAGACACUUACAGGACAGCACAGAAUGCACAGGCACGCCUCUCUAUGCGGUUUGUGGCCGUAUCAGCCACCAUACCCAACAUCUCUGAUAUAGCUGACUGGCUGUCUAAUGAAAGUGGUCCAGCCACAUAUCUGGAUAUGGAUGAGAGCCAUCGUCCUGUGAAGCUGAGGAAGGUGGUUUUCGGAUUCCCCUGCAAUCCAAACCAAACAGAGUUUAAGUUUGACCUGUCACUCAAUUACAAGAUGGCCAACAUCAUACAGACGUACUCUGACCAGAAGCCUGCUCUAGUGUUUUGCUCUACCAGGAAAGGAGCCCAGCAGUCAGCGGCAGUUCUGGCCAAGGAUGCUCGAUUCAUCAUGAGCAUUGAGCACAAGCAAAGGUUGAUAAAAUAUGCUAACUCUACUCUGGAUUCAAAGCUGAGAGAUCUGGUGUUGUUAGGAGUUGGUUACCACCAUGCAGGAGUUGACUUGUCAGAUAGGAAGGUGAUAGAAGAGGCCUUCACUCAGGGAGACCUGCCUGUCCUCUUUACCACCAGGACUCUGGCCAUGGGGGUGAACCUGCCAGCUCAUCUGGUGGUGAUCAAGUCCACUAUGCAGUAUGUUGCAGGCUCCUGUGAAGAGUACAGCGAGUCCGACCUGCUGCAGAUGAUAGGCCGAGCUGGAAGACCACAGUUUGACACAUCAGCAACUGCCGUGAUCAUGACCAAGCUUCAAACCAGAGACAAGUACAUGAAACUUAUGAAUGGGAUGGAAAUCAUUGAGAGCAGCUUAGACAGUCACCUGGUGGAGCACCUGAAUGCUGAGGUUGUUCUCCAAACCAUCAGUGAUGUCAACAUGGCUCUGGACUGGAUACGCUCCACCUUCCUCUACAUCAGAGCCCUCAAGAACCCCACACACUACGGUUUCUCUGCCAGCUUAGACAGACGUGGAAUUGAAGCAAAAUUGCAAGAACUGUGUCUGAAGAACCUCAACUCUCUGUCCUCCAUUGGUCUCAUCGACAUGGAUGAAGAUAUUAACAUCAAACCAACAGAGGCCGGCAGGUUGAUGGCUAGGUUCUGUGUUGCCUUUGAUACCAUGAAACAGUUCUGCAACGUGUCUGGCACUGAGAACCUGUCUGACCUGAUUGAGCUGGUGUCGAGGAGCAGAGAGUUCAGCGACAUUCAGUUGAGGAUGAAUGAGAAGAGGCCUUUGAACACUUUGAACCGGGACAAGAACAGAGUCACCAUCAGGUUUCCCAUUGAGGGAAAGAUCAAAACCAGUGAGAUGAAAGUGAACUGCUUGAUUCAGGCUCAGCUAGGCUCCAUCUCAAUUCAAGAGUUUGGACUUACACAAGACACAGCAAAGAUCUUCAGGACUGGGAUGCGCAUCAGCAGAUGUCUGUCAGAGUAUCUGAGUCAGCGAUCCAAGACCGGUUUCUCUGCUCUGCUCAACUCUCUGAUCCUCGCUAAGUGCUUCAGAUCAAAGCUUUGGGAGAACUCACCCUAUGUUUCCAAACAGCUGGAGAGGAUAGGCCAGACUCUGUCAGCUGCCAUGGUGAACGCUGGACUCACCACGUUCAGCAAAAUAGAGCAAACCAACCCCAGAGAGCUUGAGCUGAUUCUCAACAGACAUCCACCAUUUGGCAACCAGAUCAGAGAAUCUGUCACACACCUCCCAAAGUAUGAAGUUACUCUGGAGCAGCUUCCAAGGUAUAGCUGUGCUACAGCUGAGAUUGUGGUGAAGGUCAGUCUAAAAAACCAAGCACAGCUGCAGUCCAGGAGAACGGCUCCAGACCGCCACUAUGUCUCUCUGAUCAUCGGAGACUCUGACAACAACGUGGUCUUUCUACAGAAACUCACGGACUUGGUGCUGUUGAAGUGUGGUAGCUGGUCGAAGAAGAUUGAGGUGGCGAAGGCCUCGAAAGGAGAAGAGAUCAGUGUCAAUCUCAUCAGCUCAGAAUAUGUGGGCCUCGACAUCCAGCAGAAGUUCAACGUGUACUACUCUGGAUCAAGAAGGUUUGGUACUGGAAAUCCAUACAAUUUACCGUAUGAUCCCACUGGCCAGAGACCACAGCACUCUGCACCGAAACCACAGGCUACAGAUCAGGCUACACUUCAGUGGGAAAAUGUCACAUCUGGUACAGACCAAGAUGUAGGCAACAAAAGACAGUGCAACCACUUCUGCAAGAAUAAGGAUCUCUGUGGCCACGACUGCUGUAAAGUAGGUGUAACUGUGGCACGAAAGAGGUCAGCGAUUCAAGAAUCCAGUUUCUCUUCCUAUUUGAAAGACCUGAGGAGCAGGUGUGACACAUUAGCACAGACUCCUGUCAAGCGCCUCAAGAUGAAAAUGAGUGAAGAGUCUGUGUCUGUCAACAUGCAGGAGUUUCCUUACAAACCCAAAGAGAGGCUUCCUGCUGUUUCCUGGUAUGGGGUAAAUCACCAUGAGGCUUCAGUGACAUCUCACACUGAGACUGUGGAUCUGACAGGAGAAGACUGUGCUCAGCUGACAGACGUGGUUCAUCUGGAUGACUUUGACAGUGAUUAUGUUGGGGACAUGCACAGGAUGAUGGAAGAGCCCGUCCAAACCCCUGCUGCAUCUCGCGCAGUCCAUCAAACGUGGAUGAACCCGGGAACAAGUGGAUGGAGUCAGAGCCCUGAACAGCAUCUAAACCACGUCAAUGCGACCAACGCAGCUCACUCAAAGAGGUCCACUGAAUUAACCAACCAGGCCAGUCACUGUGAAACUUACUCAUCCUCACAAAUACCAACAGUCAGCUUUGACCUUGGAGCUGAAUGGGACAACUGGGACGACUUUGAUGAUGAGAACUUGGUGCAUGCCAGCGAGACAUCCUUAGCCUCAUGCACAGCUAAUGCUAAACCUCAAAUCCAGCAGUCUGAUGAGUAUAACAUGCCAGGCUUUGCUGCUACAUCAGCUCCACUAUUCUUCAGUCCCUCACAAGUCAAACCCUGCGUAACCGCUGCCAGGACACCACUGAGGUCGAUUUCAGCAAAUGGAAGUGCUGACAGCAGAAAACCAGAACCCUCACUGGUCACAGUCAGACCACAGAACAGAAUCACACUCGACUGGAAUAAAAAGAGACCAAGCUUCUUCAGUGAAGAGAUAACGGUAAAAACACCAGAAAUUUUACCCGAACAGACUCACAAGGCCUGGGCAGCCACGAGGUUUGAUUUCUUCUCAUCAGUGGGAGUCCCAGCCAACGCCAGCUCAUGUGACAACAGAAGCAUCAACAGCAAAGAGGAGGAAGCUUUCCUUGGGAUAUUUGAUGGUAUAUUUUAGCGCUUGUUUAACUCUGCUAUGAAUAUGUCUUGAACAAGUGUUUUCUUUGUGUUCAUCUUUCUUUAACCUGUGAGCUUUACAUCAAGAGUAGGAUACUGUUUUAAAGUCAUGUUAUUAUAUAUUCAUAUUGUAAAUGAAACAAUUUGUUUCUAAUGUUUGUUCUAAUUGUUAAUGUAAUUUAUUUAUUUAUUUAUGUUUUUAUUUUCUUAACAACUUCUGUUCAUUGGAGGAUACAGUUCAUUUAUGGAUAAAUUCUAAACAUGUAAGCCAGGUUAUUUUGUUGGGGACGACUGCGGAACGAGUGGGGCAUAGAAACUAGUGUUUGCACUUUUGUUCUUAAAAUCACCCAGCUCAUGGAGUUAUGGAUAUAUUACCAGUUUAAUCCACAGUGUGCUCUAAACCAGGUUUGGUCAUAUAUAACUGUGGUGGCAAUCACAGUGUGGCUUAUGGGGGAUGUGAAGUGAUGAAAAGGGAAGUGGAAAUACAGCAGGUAAGAGCUCAGAGUAAGAUCACAUACACAGAGGCUGACUGUGAGUCAGUGAGGAGGAACUGAUGAAAGACGGAGAACAGGAAAACAACCCACAAAAGAAUCAGAGCAGGCAAAUGAGGGCGAAGUAAUGGUUGAUUGAUUUAAAGUCGCUAGUUACUUUCUUAGCAGGGGUAGUAAGUGCUACAAUGGAGGUUCCAUUCUUAGAGAAUAUAAAUAAUCAUUUAGAUAUCAGCAGAUAGAUAUGGGAGGAGGCGAGGAACAAUCUCAAUAUUCAGAUGCCAUUUGUGUCCAUAUGAUAUGUUUCUGUGAUGGGUGGGUCAGAGUAUGGGGGAGGAUAUGCUACAUUUAUUAGGGAGUAUUUUAUUUAAAGUGGUGAGCAGAACAAAUGAGCACGAAUUUGUAACUGUAGAGCUAUAGCAAUGCAACAGCAAGUUACAAGUUUAAAAGGUUAUUCUUUGUACAGAUUCCUGUUCUGCAUGUAAUGUCAUAGCAGUUAUUUACAUCUCAUGAUAGGCAGGAUAUUGUUAAUGAAAUAAAACUCUAAAAAAUAUGAAUAUUUUGAUAACAUUUAUGUGGAUAUCAUCUCACGUAGGGCCUGGUCCACAGUCCAGCAUAGUAAGUGGCGGUGGUGCAGCCUAA